CCACGAACUGAAUCAUUGUCCGAGGAGCUUACAUUGAAUCCUGUGGACAGGAAAGCUCCUCCGAACGAUGACAAUCAUUCACAGACGAUUCAAAUUGAUACUGAUUCGGCGCAUUCAUCAUCAGCAGAAGAUAUUUCGCAUUAUCAUGAUGAAAGCUCAUCGUUGACAUCGAUAGCAGCUAGCAGUACUUCUCAUGAGCAUUUCUCCAAAGAGGGCGCAUUUGCAAGCAAUGGAAUGAAGAAAUGCGAUAUUGUACGGCGAAAUAUGAACACAACUUUGGCAGAGACGAGAAGGUUAAGCCAGGACAGAUCUCAAAUGGGUAAAAACAGUGACUGCGUUAAUGAUGCAUCUACACGAAUGCGAGCAACGCGUGUGGAUGCGGAAGAUGUAAUUGAUCGCAUGCUAGCCGAAACAGUGAUCUAUGAUAAUGGUUCGGACGACCGAUCCGCCGAUCGAGGACUUGCGCUGUUUGUGUCAAAAGAUGGUGCAGCAGUGGUUGGCGCAAAUUCGUUGCUGUCCACGGAUUCUUUUGAGCGUGUACAUAUUUCUGAUGCAGGUUCACCACUAUCGACUAGUUGA